AUGGCCGUCGCACGCUCAAUGCGCCGUACAAGCCCCACCAGCCUUGUGCUGGCAGCUCUGUUGGCCUUUGGGUUCAUCUGUUUCCUCUUAUCGCCCUCCACACCCUCCGCAGCAGCCGCCGCAACAUCGCAACAGCGACAAAACGACGCAGCUGAACACCCUCUCUCCCCACCAACGAAACCCUUCCUCACGUCACAGCCAAUUCGAAGUGAUGGCUACCAGGCGGCUCCACCGGUCGUUCAAUACGAUCUCAACAACCUCACUAGCACGAGCACCUCCGCAGCCAACGGCGAGCGCAUUCUCAUCCUCACCCCGCUAGCUCGCUUCUUCCCAGAAUACUGGAAUAACCUGGAGAAACUGACCUAUCCCCAUGAGCUUAUAUCUCUUGGAUUCAUCGCUCCCAAGACAAAAGAUGGCAACGCUGCCGUCGCAGCUCUGGAGAAAGCAAUCUCCCGCACGCAAUCAGGCCCCAUUGACGACCGGUUCGCGAGCAUUUCCAUCCUGCGCCAGGACUUUGACCCGCCGAUCCAAUCCCAAGAUGAGAAGGUCCGUCACCAAAUGGCCGCACAGAAGGAACGCCGCGAGUCCAUGAGUCGCGCCCGGAACAGCCUCGUCUUCACAACCCUUGGGCCAAGCACAUCAUGGGUCCUCUGGCUCGAUGCCGAUAUUAUCGAGACUCCCCCAACACUCAUCCAGGACCUUACACGUCACGACCAACCUGUCAUUGUGCCCAACUGUUUCCAGCGCUACUACGACUCGAAAGAGCGCAAAUGGGAUGUGCGUCCCUACGACUACAAUUCGUGGGUGGAUAGCGAAGAGGCGCAGGCAUUGGCGGCGAAUAUGGGUCCCGAUGAGAUCCUCCUCGAGGGCUAUGUGGAGCUUCCUACUUACCGUACCCUCAUGGCGUAUCUGCCAGACUUUUCUGCUCUCGAUCCUCACCGCAUGGUCGGCCUGGAUGGAGUUGGCGGUACUGCUUUGAUGGUGAAAGCGGAUGUACAUCGUGACGGCGCCAUGUUCCCUGCCUUCCCGUUCUACCACCUUGUUGAGACGGAAGGUUUCGCUAAGAUGGCGCGACGAUUGGGAUAUGCUGUAUUUGGGCUGCCGGAUUAUUUUGUCUACCACUAUAACGAGUAA